GCAAGCUUUUCAGUAAAAGACCAGAUAGUAAAUAUUUCAGACUCUGAAGCCGCUGUGGUCUCUGUCACAGCUAGCAGGAACGUAGUCACAGACAACUGGCCAAGGAGGCGAUGUGGCUGUGUUCCCAUAACACUUUAUUUAUGGACAUGGAAAUUUGAAUUUCAUAUAAUCUUCGUAUGUUGUGAAAUAUUAUUCUUCUUUUGACUUUUUCCAACUAUUUAAACAUGUAAAAAACAUUCUUAGCUUGUGGGCUGUGCAAAAACAGGUGGCAGGCGGGGCUGCGUCCAACGGGGCCCCUCCAGCUCGCCACCCCAGACACUCAUCCCCCACUCCCGUGUUUGGAGGAGGGGAGGGUGUAGCUAGGUGCGAGGGGCAUCCUGGAUGCCUGGGGGCCUCCAGGAACCGAGGGACCCUUGCUCCCAGCUACUCUUAGGACUUCAGCAUCCUUUGAGGCCAGGGUAGGAGCUGGUACCCCAAAUGCGCAAAUGUGAGGGAAGGGGCAUGGUUCCAAGGGGCUUCCUACCCAGCAUGUCGGGGUGUGCCCGACCCCCACCAAGUCGUAGAUGAGGCAGCUGUGCUCUCCCAGCAAGUAGUCUUGGCCUUCCCUCUCCCCGUCCCUCUCUUCCCCUCCCCCUCCCCCCUCUGUCUCCAGCCUGGCGUCACCCACUGAUCAAGGCUGGCCCUUCCAUUCCUUAUUUUCUCUCUGCAGCCUCAGCGGGUCCCUUUCUCCUGAACAUUGGAGUUAUGACCCUUGGGAGGUGACCCGGGAGAGAAGGGAUGCACGCCUUUGGUCCUCCCAAUGGGGGUCGCCUCCAAGGACUGGUGGCCUCCCGCAUUGAGACCUAUGGGGGCCGGCUUCGGGCCUCCACCCUGAGUACUCCUGGUAGCCUCUGUCCCCGAGGAGGCCCUGUGCUGGAUCCCAGUGGCCGACACCUCCAAGGCUAUGUCCCCUUUACCAAGGGUUCUGGCCCGGCCCGAGGCCUGUCUCCCCUGAGGCUGCGAGAACCAGAGCCUGAGAAGAGGCAUGGAGGCCCCUUUGGGGCUGGGACACCUCACUUCCCCAAACUCAAGGAAGUCACCAGAGCCCAUCAGCUGGAGAUGAGGCUGCACACGUUCAGCAUGUUUGGGAUGCCCCGCCUGCCCCCAGAGGACCGGCGGCACUGGGAGAUCGGAGAGGACGGUGACAGCAGCCUGGGCAUUGAGAAGUCCUGGAAGGAGCUGGUGCCUGGACACAAGGAGAUGAGCCGGGAGCUCUGCCACCAGCAGGAAGCGCUGUGGGAGCUACUGACCACCGAGCUCAUCUAUGUGCGGAAGCUCAAGAUCAUGACGGAUCUCCUAGCUGCCGGUUUGCUGAACUUGCAACGAGUGGGGCUGCUGACGGAAGUGUCAGCUGAGACCCUGUUUGGAAAUGUCCCUAGCCUGAUCCGAGCCCACCAGAGCUUUUGGGAAGAGGUGCUGGGGCCCACCCUGGAGGAGACGCGAGCCUCGGGCCAGCCUCUGGACCCGGUCAGCCUGCAAAACGGCUUCCUGUCGGUGAGGCGGGGAGAAGGGCCCCAUCUGGAUGGGGCAGGACUGGGAGAGCCCCAAGGGGUCCUGUCCGCUGGAAUGCUCAUACCACUGGCACCCUGCCGUGACUCGAGGGGGUCCAAGGGCACGACCCCUACCCCUAAAUACCACCUCACCUCUUCCCUCCAUUCCACCAGUAUGACCUCUGUCCCGAAGGCUCUUCGGGCUUCUGGACUCUUAAUGAAAGUAUCCCCACCCCAGGUCACCCUGCAAAAGCUGAAGGCAGAGGAGUACAUCCAACAGAAGAGGGAGCUCCUGGCCCUCUAUCAGGACCGGGACGGGGAGUCCCCAGGCCCCAGGCCCUCCAUGCCUUCGGUGGAAGGCUCUGAGAGCAGCACAGAGGGAAGGACUCCUGGGUCCUCGAUCGUCAUCCCCCAGCUGGUGGUGACGGAAGACACAGAUGAAGAUGCUCCCUUGGUACCAGAUGAUAUCUCGGACUCUGGCUAUGGCACUCUGGUCCCAGGCUCCCCCAAGGCAUCCCACUUUCUGCCAAACCGUCUACGCUCCAAGGUCCUUCGGCGGGACCCUCGCCGCACCUUCUCCACCCUGGACCUCCGAGAUGUUCCUUUGCAUCUCCAGCCUCCUGACCCCCAAGCUCCCCAACGCCGAAGCACCCCUGAACUGCCAGAGGCAAGUGUCCAGAAAGGAGACAGCCUUCCCAGGGGAGACCCACCGACCUGGUCUGAGGAAGAAGGCGGGACCUCGGUUGGAGAGAAUGUGGUAGUGGAAACCUUAGAUAGGGCCCGACUUCGGUGGCGGCUCUCCCCCUCCCUGACCCACACUGACUCUUCUGGGGAAAGCCCCUGGGAAUCCUCAGGGGACGAGGAAGAGGGGCCCUUCCUGGGACCCGGCUACAGCCCCUCCCCUCACCCGCUCCGGGCCGAGGGCAUGCUCCGAGAGAUCCGGGAGGAACUGGCCAGCCAAAGGAUUGAGAGAGUCCCCGAGCCUGGGGACAGCAGACCUCGGAAGCUGACUCGGGUCCAACUGCAGAGGAUGCGGGGGCUUCACGUCAUACGCCUGGACACGCCCCUGUCCGCAUCGUAA